AUGUCCGAUGACAAGAGCAGUGGCGAAUGCAAACUACUGGGCCCUUUCGCUAUAUUGGUGCAGGGAGCGCUGGGCGCUUUGGCACUAUUAUCCCUGGUUUACAAGAGAUGGAGAGAAAGACCACAGCGACCUCUCAAGGUCUGGUCUUUUGACGUGUCCAAACAAGUCGUCGGGUCGAUUUUACUCCAUCUAUUAAACCUCCUCAUGUCGCUUUUCUCCUCUGGCAAGAUAGGUGAGACUGUGGUGAAUGCAACAGCAAGUACACCCGGGUCUGAAACAAUCGCGGAAUACCAACCAAAUCCCUGCUCAUUUUACCUGCUCAAUCUGGCCAUUGACACGACCAUCGGGAUCCCCAUCCUGAUCGGCAUACUCAAGAUUUUGACGAUCGGUGCACGGUAUACACCUCUCGCAAAUCCUCCCGAAUCGAUCGAAUCCGGAAAUUAUAGCACACCCCCCAAGGCCUCCUGGUGGGCAAAGCAGUGCCUGCUCUACUUUUUAGGACUGAUAGGCAUGAAGAUUUGUGUAUUUAUUAUUUUUCAACUUUGCCCUUGGUUAGGACCCGUUGGAGACUGGGCACUUGGAUGGACAGAAGGCAACGAGGCUGUUCAGGUUGCAUUUGUCAUGUUCAUCUUUCCCUUGAUUAUGAACGCAGCCCAGUACUAUAUCAUCGACACAUUCAUCAAACAGAAGAAGGGACCACAAGAUGACAGCGAAGAAGAGAUAGAGCAUGAAAGAGGUGAAGAGCAUGGUUCUUUGUUGCCAGAUGCGGGAUCCGAUCAUGGCCACUCACUCGAUGAGGACGAGGUCUGCAAAGCCAAAAGUUCGGCCUCCAGCCAGCUCGAGAGGGUCAUCUCAUACGACCCGGACAAGGACGGGCACGUGGUUGAGAACGAACGACCAGGCGAAAGCAGCAGCUUGACAGCUCACGCCGAGGAGGAAGGCUUGGAGGACCGGCCUCGGAUAUGA